AUGCAGCUGUUGAGCGGUAGCUGUCAUGACUGUGUUGAGGUGCAGGGCAGUCAGAGCUGUAAUGUCUGGUUCUGUCUCCUCACCCGUCUAGGUGACCUUGCCUACCUGGUGUUUUGUUCUAAUGUCUGCCAGUGGGAGGGACAGGGGGACGGGUGUGUGUUACAAGCAGCUACCUCCGCACUGGACACCCCAGGGAGGGAGGGAUGGAGGGAUGCAAAAGAACAAGUGUAUAACCUGACCAUUUCUCUGUUUUUCCUUUUCAAAUUUUCUCUAUUUUGCCUCCCCCCUCCCUUUUUAAAUGUAACUGCCUCAGAGUAAGACAAUCCUUUCUCUCUCUGUGUCUUUCUGCCCCUGGCGAAGGCAGAUCUCCAUUUUGAAUCAACAUUCUGAGAAGGAAAAGGAUGAGGUCGUGUAGCCUACUGUGUGUGUGUGUAUUUGAUCAGGUGUAUGACAGAAGACGUUUGUGUGAGUGUGUGUUUGUCUUUCUCUGUGUGAGUGAGUGUGGAGGUGUUCAUGUUUAAUCUCCUGGUACAACUCCCUGUGAGAUAGCUUUCAUGCAGUCAAACCACUAGUAUUAAAGGGAAGUUAAGUGGUUCCAUGGAGAAUGCUGUAUGACGCUGACUCUGAUAGUAUUGUCAGGUAGAGGUUCUAAUGAAAUCUAUACAGCGACUACGUCUUUGUGUGUGUGAAUGUGUGUGUGCGUUGGUAUGUGUGUGUGUUUGAAUGUGUGUCAGCGUGCACGUUUCCUUGUGUGUAUGAAGGGAGUGGACAGAGAGUGGGAAGAGAAGUCUCACCCUCUUCUCUUAAACGGCUCGUACGCAAAUACACAGUCAUACAGUCACACAGUCAUACACACAAAAACAAUGGUAGGCAGCGACUGUUUGCUCAAUCCUGACUAUCCAAACAAGGGACAAACUGAGCAAGGAGAUAAGGAUGUAGAGGGAGAGCGAGAGAUAGUGAUCUGAUGUCCAGCUCUUUGUGCAGUAGUGUUUUCAUUAUGCUCAUGACGCCCUCCGCACCAGCCACAGGCUUUAGCCAUGCUAGAUCAGCCAUGGAGAUAAACACCUCAACACUUACUUCCCUGGCCCGUCAACUCACACACACACACACACACACACACACACACACACACACACACACACACACACACACACACACACACACACACACACACACACACACACACACACACACACACACACACACACACACACACACACACACAAAAUAAUUGUUCCAUAUAUCUCUCAGCUCUACAAUCACAUCUCCAUUUUCCAUUCCUCAGCCCUGAAGCCACUGUAGGCCUCUCUCAUUCACUCUCUCCCUAGCUCAUUCUCUCUCUUUCUCUCUGUCUUGACCCCUCCUCUGUAAGAUUAUGAUGAUAGGGCAGAUGGUACUAGACUAGCUACAUCCAUACAUUUAGUCUCCCAUCAGCUCUGUCUCUCUCUGGGCUCUCACCGCUGAGCAGCGCCCCAAGGGACACACAACACUCACUCGCCCUAGAUAAGCACACUGGCUGUGUGUGCAUGCAACUGUGCACAUGGGGUGUUUGUGUGUGUGAGAGACAGAGAUAGAGAAAAAUUGAUAUUACAGAUGUAGGAUCUUAAUUUGAUCACUCUGUUGCAGGAGAACUUCCUGCAAUGCAGGAAAUGUUAAACUUUUAGUUUAUUUGAAGUUUAAAAAGUAUUCUAUAGUUAGCAAUUUCCACUUACACUUGAUUUUCCCUACAGAAAUGUUCAUUACUUAUAAUCCACAUAAUAAUUCACAUUUCGUGUUUCCUGCUGUAUCAAACUGGCUCAAAUUAAGAUCAUACAUCUGUAUAUGAUUGUGUGUGUGUGUGUUUCAGAAAUAGUUGUAUAGUUAGCCUGAAAAUAAGGAUUGCUCUGCAGGUUUCACUGUUAGUAUUACUUAUAACGAUCUGUUAAUUAGAAUAUACUCUGAGUACAAUGGCUGCCACCAUUCCCCUGUGUACAAGUUCCUCAAGUUUGCUCAUGCUUUUGUUGUCAGGGAAAAUGUGUGUGUGUGUGUGUAUAUGUGUGUGUUCCCCUCCCUGAAGAGAGAAGUGCUGUAUUUUAGGCUUUAUAUUUAGGCAUUAUAAUCAAGUUUUAUAAUCACCCUUGAUGGCCUAGUCUCAGCUCCUCAUGCACUCUCUGAGGGGUCAGAGGUGACUGAAGAGACUGGGCCCUCUGCCAGCACACUCCAGCACACAACCCAAGGAGCUGAGGAGGGAGGGAGAGACAUGGAGAGGGCGGGAGAGAGAGAAAUGAAAGCAAAAGCGACCCCUGAGGACUGUGUGUGUCCCUCUCUAGCUCCCCAUAUAGAACCCAUAUAGACCCAACAGUAGGGUGAAAGUAUUGUGACCCCCCUCCAGAGGUUAACACAACACUGUGUCAGAUAGACCCAAGCCAAUGGAUAAGAUUACAAAUACAAUAGUACUCAGAUAAAAAAACAAGUCAUCCUCAGCAUUUAAGCCUAUUCUGUACAUCGUUAUAGCUAUUCACAUUCAACUAUAUUUUUAUCUUUGCUAUACCGCUCUCAUACCACCCCAGUAUUUUGGAUAGAACCUGUUGUGCUUCAAGGAUAACAUUGGAAAACAUUUCCUUUCUCAUUCAAGCACGGGGCAGAUUAGUUAACACCAUGAAGCACCUCUGACUGUGUGCAGAGAGAACAGGAGAGGAAAGGCUGGCAGGGAAUGCUGCAGGGGCUCUCCACUAAGCUUCUACACUUUCAUGUUUUGCAUUUAGGGGGAAUUUACCUCAGAGGGUAGGGGAAUGAAACUACACCACUAAAAGUAGGCCUGGGAACAGGCCUCUAGGCAUAGUAUGUGCGUGGUGUGAAUGUUUGUGUGAAAAGUUGUAGAACAUUAUCAUAGAACAUCUUGUCUUAUUUAAGCAAGAUUUUCCUAAUUUGUACAUGGGGACGUUCGGUAUCGCCAACAUCUCCCUGAUAGUGUGUAGGAGCCUUAUCUCUGUCUCCUCGUCCUUUGUCUGUGUAAUUACCCGUUCCCUCCAUCGUGGCCAGAUUGGUGUUAAACACUUCUUUGACUUUGUCCUGAAAUAUUGGGGUCACUUCUGCCGAAACAACUGCUAUACCCUGUCAUUAUCUUUCAUCAUCGCUUGGAUUGAUGAAGCUAAUUAGUAAUUAACUCAUCAAUAAUUAAACUGAUUUUUCCUUUUUUGGAAAGGGAACAUUAAUUAAUGUGCACAAAUACUGAAUACCUAAUGAAUUAGAAUGAGAGGUCAAUUGUUGACCGUAUCUAACCUGCUUUCCCUCUUUCCUCCUGUCUCCCUCUCUCCCUCUCUUCACCCCUCUCCUUCCCUCUCCCAUUUCUUUCUCUCCAGAUUCGUGCCAGGGCAGGGCCUGGUGUUGUACCCUCAGAUCGGGGAUAAGUUGGACAUAGUGUGCCCGCGGGUGGACGGAGGGGUGCGUGAUGGGGUGGAGUAUUACAAGAUCCACAUGGUUCCCAGGGAGCAGCUGGAGAGCUGCACCAUCACCAAGGCUGACACACCACUGCUCAACUGUGACAAGCCUGACCAGGAUGUCAAGUUCACCCUCAAGUUUCAGGAGUUCAGCCCCAACCUGUGGGGCCUGGAGUUCUUCAGAGGGAAAGACUACUACAUCAUCUGUAAGUGCCUCAUAGUAACACAUAUAUAAGCACGUUUACUGUUCUGUUUUUAUUGUGUGCACUCACUGCUGAUUGAUAGCCAAUCACACUUAGGUAUUGCUGUCCUAGGCAAAGAUGACAGAUUUUUGGUUUCCAGUUCUUGUGCGGUCAUGGCUAGGGUGUCUUGCUACUAGGGUGUCUUCAUACUUUGUGAUGCUUUGACAGCCCCCUGGUUUUAAAGGAUGGGUGUUGGACUGAACCAUCUGUGGUGUGCUGACGGGGGGUGGUGAGGACAACACCAUCUGGGUGGCUCUGCCACUGCCAUCUGUGAGCUGUCAGACCAGGGGAGGGCCCUCUUUCUGACUGACUGGAGAGGAGGAGAGGAUGGAAGAGAAGGAAAGGAGAGCUAGCAUUUAUAAGUUGAACCAAUAGGAACUGUUUCUCAGUCAGCUUAGUAAAUAGAGUGCUCUAAGUUUGCAAAUCGAACACAUUUUUAUGCAAGCUAGCCAUGUCACUAGCCUGUAGGGGGUGCUAGUAAAUAUAGUUUUAGUGUUGAGCUACCCUUCAGACAUCUACACAUGCAAAGGGAGUGUUAGGUAAACAGACACAGUUUAAUAUGUUAUGCCAGGGUCACAGACACAUGGUUUGUGUUCUCUAACAGCAGGCUAGGCUUUGAACGUCUCACCUCUGACACGCUGUUACAUUAAAAUGAACUGUAAAGGACCUGAUCACACACACACACACACACACACACACACACACACACACACACACACACACACACACACACACACACACACAGAGAGAGAGUACCAGACACUGUCAACAAAGCCCCCUCUAUCUAUCCCUCUCUCUAUCGCACACAAACUCUCUCAGUUCAAAGUUGAAAUUGACACACUCACACCAUUUCUCCUCUCAAACACUAGCACACUCAAUCAGGCCUACAAGCCGAUUAGAUUAGAGGGCGUGGCGCGAUAGAGAGAGAGAGAUAGAGAGAGAGAGAGAGAGAGAGAGAGGAGAGAGGAGAGAGAGAAGAGAUAGAUGAUGAGAUAGAGCGAUCUCAGUAGCUACUGAUAUAUCGAUGCUAUAGACGAGUCUGCUAGCCCUAUCGCUCCGUACUCUCGAUCUCUAUCUCUUUCUGUCUUCUUUCUUCUUUCUUGUUUUUCUUUCUUUCUGUCUCUCUCUCUCUCUCUCCUCCUUUUUCGGCUUUCCCUCCUCUUUUUUUGUGUGUUUGUUGUUUUUCUCGCUCGCUCGCGUUCGCUGGUCUGUUCUGUCUUCCCGCCCUGUUUUGUGUGUGUGUGUUCCGCGCGCUCGCCGCGGGCGUGUAUUGGCGGUGCGUUCUCCCGCCCUGCUUUGUUUGUGUGUGUGUGUGUGCACCGCCGCAGCGCGCGCGCUCUUGCUGCUCGUCUCUGCGCGCGCUCGUCGGCCGAGCGGACCGCGCGAGCUGCUCGAGAGUUCCAUUCAAACUUUAUUUUAAGAAAAGGAAGAAAAUCCAAUUUUGCAGCACUUGCAGAUUCAUGGUGCCCUCCCAUGCCCAUCCCUCCCACCUCUCCUGUUCUUAAAAAAAAAACCCAGAUGCUAAUGUAUAGCCGGGAGAGAAAGGGGCCAUUUCUCCAGCCGAGCAUGGGUUCACAUAGCUGUUAAUUGCCUCUUGUUCAGUAGCAUGGUAGCUAGCUAGAGGCUUGCAGCUGGAAAAGCAAGAAGGCAAGGCAGAACUGCACUGCAGCAUGUAUACACAUACAGUAGGUAGAUAACACAGCCUCCGCUUCACAUGCCCUAGCACCGGGGCUAGAGAAGAACAAGGACAGAGGGAGGGAGGGAUGGAGGGAAGAAGGAGAGUAGGUUUGUGUUUGCUAAAUGUGGUUAUAUGAAUGAGUUCUGCUGUGAAUGUGCCUUUGUCUAUUUGGUGUGAGAUCUGAAAUAGAGAAAGGCUAUUUCAGACAAAUUUUUUUAUGACUACGUGUGACUGUGUGUUUGUGUAUUUUGUGUGUGUGUGUGUGUAUGUGCGUAAGUUCUUCAGUAAAAAUGCAUCGAGCUGUGACCAAUUCCGCCUCUGAAAAAUGGGACCGUGUGUGUGACUGUAUGUUUGUGUAUUUUGCGUGUGUGUGUGGCAUAAGUUGUGCAGUUAAAACGCAUCGAACUGUGACCAAUUCUGCCUCGGAAAAGUUCACUUGGGAUUUUCAUUGGGUUUUUGGUGGUGAGCGGCACUCAAUAAGUAAUUAAUUAAAGAGUGUUUAAUCCUGAUUUCUGCUUUUAAUCAGUUUGGCCCACAUCAAUGGAAUCUCUGAAUCAACCAAAUGGAUUAGCUCUGCCUAGCUGUGUUUAGCUCAGACACAGACUCAAGGGGAGCGUCCCUCCAGGCACUAUUCAAACAACUGUGACAUUAGCUCUUCGAUUUGUGUCUCACACAAUGUAUUGGAUUUAAACACAUCACAACCCGCCUCUCGUAAACUAAAUGUGACCCACUCUUAUUGAGUACAGAUACAUGCAGACGAUAAUACGAUUAUUGUGGAUAGUCAGAUUAAUAUAAUAGUUUGUUUAAAACGUUUACAUGCUUUGCAAGAAGAACGAUUUCCCUACUAAUCCUAUUUACAUGGACACAUCUGAAAUCAGGCUACCUGAUGGGACUUAAAUAGAUGCAGAAAAUCACCAAUCAAAAUAAACGUUCUACCACAGCGACCAGGUUAUUUUUGUGAAGCCUAUUUGAUUCUGAGUUCGGACAUUUGUAAAUUUGUAUGUGAAAAUUAUUUUCUACGAUGCAUACUUACAGUUUUUACAAACUCACUUCACUCGCGCAUAAGAGGGAGGAUUGCGCUACCGGUGCUGGCACAGAUCAAAUCAAAUACACCGCUUGAAUGCCGAUUAAGCUGUUUACAUGUCUUAAUAAUUCAAAGGAUUUCUCAGAAAACCAGAUGUUUUAAUCGACGUAUGCUUACUUCGAUUAUGACCUUAUACCGAUUAAGAUAAGCAGUGUAAGGUGUUUACAUGACUAAUGCCAUACUCGGCCUUCUGCCAUAAUCAGUUUAAUAUCGACAUUUUUUGUGCAGGUAAACAUACUCAUUGUUAGUUGUUGGUUGUCAGUGUAGUUGUGCAUUCUCAGCCAGGUCACACCAGAUCCACUGCAGUAUUAGAUGUUUGUUCAGGUCCCCAUGAUGUCGGGAGAUGCCUUUUGCAUGCAUACAAUUUCAGUACCGUCCACUAGGGGAGUUUUUAACCCUAUCAUAAACCUUAAAGGAAAACUCCACCCACAAACUAUCUUUUGGUAUUUGUUUCAUUAGUCCAUUGUUGAUAUAGUCCCAAAAUGUUUUGCAUGUCAGCAAUCAAGUUUUAAAGAUAUGUAACUUUCAAAAUACAGAAAUCCGGGUCGUAUGAUGCAUUUUGCAACAUAUGAAGCAAAAUGCAUCAUAUGUGCCAGAUUUCUGUAUUUUGAAAGUUACAUUGUUACACUAUGUGUGUAUUUGCUUUACUCUGGGUGUGUGUUUGUGUGGGUUGUGUUUUUCCUUCUGGAGUGUGCACUGUUUUCUCUCUGUGUGUGCACUCUGUUUUCUUUCCCUAUCUCUGUGUUUGUAUGUGUGCAUGGAUGCCUUUUAGAGCAGCAUACUUUCAAAGAGCUGGGCCACAAUGCUGCUCCAGUUGGAGGCAGAUGAGUUUGAUGUGAUUGUUGUAGGCAGCAUGGCCUGCAGCUGGGAACUUAGUGAGCAAGAUGAUUACAUGAGCUAAAUAGGGAGGGGAGGAGGGAGGGAGGGAGGGGGGUUGAGACAGAGAGAGACAGAGAGCAAGGGAGAGACAGAAAAUGUAACUGAAUUUAUGGAGCGAACAGCCGACAUGGCUGCAUGGGGGAAUUCCAUUAAGAUUUUAAUCACCUAUUUGUCAGUCAAAAUAGAAAAUAGAUCAAAACUAUUCUCAGUCUCUAUUAUACUGUCGGUAGCUGGCAUGCACUGAGGGUGGAGCGAACAGCCGACAUGGCUGCAUGGGGGAAUUCCAUUAAGAUUUUAAUAACCUAUUUGUCAGUCAAAAUAGAAAAUAGAUUAAAACUAUUCUCAGUCUCUAUUAUACUGUUGGUAGCUGGCAUGCACUGAGGGGAUUUUCUACUGUCGCAACUUCGCUCCAACCUCUCACCCAUAGGACAGUAUGUGUACACAGGCUGGGGUCCUACCUUUACAAUAAAAGUACAUUAAUGAUGAUUUUUUUUUUUGGGGGGGGGGGGAUUGGUUCCCACAUGGGCCACACGUAUUGAAGAAAUGUGAAUAUUAUUGAAGUCUCUAUGGAAGAAUGUCUGAUUAAUGACUAUAUUACAUGACCAUAUUAAGACAUCCGAGGAGCGGGGAGGAUGGGGGGGCUGAGAUGGGAUGGGGGAGUCAGUGGGGUUAGGGAGGGGAGUUGGUAUGUAUUUGGGGUGACCCUGCCUUUCCCCGGCCUGUUCUGGGGGGUCACGGUGGGCCUGAAGGAGAGGGUCCUCUGUCGCAGGAGAUUAAGGUACACAACACUGACUAGCGCUAACCAGCCCACGACCCCAGUACCAUGACGAUGGCUUCAUGCUCCACAGCAAGUAGAGAGGGCAUUUACAGCGUCAUUUAUACAAUAGUUGAAUCUCUCUCUCACUCUCUCUCUCUCUCUUUCUCUUUCUCUCUCUCUACCUCUCUUUCUCUACCGCUCUACCUCUCUCUCUCUACUACCUCUCUCUUUCUCUUUCUCUCGCUCUAUUUCUGUGUUUUGAUGGCUCCUCAUUGGCUCAGAGUGGUGUGUUAAUUAUGCUCACUCACACACACAGAGGGGGUUUGUUACUAGGAGCUGUAUUAGCCGGGUGCGGAAAUUGAGUUAAGUGCUGAAAUUCUGUAUCCUCGGUCUUGAUUGAAACACACAAUUGAAUAGCGCUCGUUAAAGAGGCAGAUUCUUUAUUCAGUCUCCUGAUUUGAUAAAAACAAAUAAAUGGAGUUAAGGGGCUGAAUGAUUAGCGAUAGCCUUUGAAGUAUCAGUGCUAUUGAGACAAAGGGAGUUUGUUGUAGUGUGUGGUUGAGAGAUGAGAAUUAGGAGAGUUUGGGAUAUUUGUGGCAGUGCUAUUUCUGUUGGUUACUUCAAAGCAAUGAAUGUUUGGCCACACUUACUGCUGUAUGUUGUGAGUUUGUGUUGGUGUGUGUAUUGCUGUUUGAGAGUAUGUGUUUGUAUGUCGCCUAAAUUGGUCAUGGGUGUGUGAAAGCUGUCACUUCUAUCCGCUGAGGUGAUUUGCCAUUUCCAGUGUGUGAUUUUUCUUGAUCAGUCAUCUCCCUCUGUGGUUUGUUUGUGUGUGUGUGUGUAUGUGGUGACUUUGUGGUUUAACACAGAAUGCUUUGGAAGUGCUCUGAAAGGAACUAGCCCCAGCCAACAUGCAACCUGAGUGAGAGCUAAAAGAGUUAGCAUGACAAAAUGGACUCCUAAAUCCGUAAGGACAUUUGAGUGAAUGUGGCCUGAAGGAAAAGGGUCACACUCGAUCUCUAUCGAGAGAGAGAGCGAGCGAUAGAGAGCGCGAGAGAGAGAGAGUGAGAGCGCGCGCGAGUCAGAUCGAGAGCUAUAUAUAGCGAGAGUAUAGCGCGUAGAUAGACUAUAGCGUCGUAUGCUCUAGAAAAUACCGCACCUCCCUUCUCCCUCUCUUCGUUUCUACUUCUUCAUCUUUUUUCUUUCGGGUAGGUCGAGCAGUAGCCAAACCACUCUCUCAUAGCUGGGGCAUGAUGGAAAAUCUAGAGAGCUCGAUAGCGCUAUCUCAGAGCUCUAGAGAGCUCUCUAUCUCUUCUAUACUCUAGCACGCGAGAUCUCUCUCUAUCUCUCUCUCUAUAAAUCUCACUCUCACUAUCUCUCACUCUCUCUCUGCCUAGCUAAGUCUUAUCGGCGCUCUGUAAGGCGCUGGUGGUAGAAGAAAAUCCAUUUGUGAGGGGCAUGUAUGAGCAAAGUCUAUCCUCCCUGACGUUCCUUUAGCACAGGGAUUACAGCUAGCAGCUAGCUUCUCCUGCCUAACAGCCCAGUGCAGAGCAACUAGGCAGCCAGGUAGCCAGGCAGGCCAGUCAACAAUCCCAUUCUGUUCUUAACCAGUUCAUUACUGCUAGCCUCCAGCCCCUGUUCUACCACAGAGGAAGCCAACUAGGGUGUAGGUUGUAUGUUUUUAGCUGAGUAGGAAUUAAGAUUCACCUAGAGACUGAUCUUAGGUCAGUUUUGUGUGUUUUUGUUUUAAUAGUUAAGAUUAGGAGUUGGGGAGGAUGAGCUGAUCCUAGAGCUGUGCCUAUGGCCCACAUCUUUUAGCAGCCUAUGUUUUCACGUUUUUAUAGGGGUUGACUGGGUUUGUUUGGGUGUGUGUGUUUGUGGUGCUAAGGGGUUUUAUAGGAGUGGCUGAGGACAGAGGAGAGAGAGAGGGCACCUUGGAGGUAUUGUAUAGACAGAAGACCUACAUAUGCCUGCUGUUGCUGUUCAUCCUGAGACCUCAAGCCUGAACUCUGUCCAGCUAUCCACAAACAAGCACAUGCACACACCCACGCAAGCACACUCACACACACACACACACACACACACACACACACACACACACACACACACACACACACACACACACACACACACACACACACACACACACACACACACACACACACACACAUACGCUCAAACACACACAUUGUCAUUAUCAGCAAUAUUAUAAUCAUCUCUUAAUGAGGAAAAGACAGGAUAAGACAAAUAGAGCUAUUUAACACAUAUAACACCAUUGUGUUUGUGUGUGCCCCAGUGCUUUUUGAAAUGAACACACACACACACACAAGAACGCACAAGCUUUUAAGAAGCUUUGCACAUAAUGUGCUUGUCGUCACACCACAAAAAAAUUCAUAGGCUGGCUUGGGAGAGGGAGAGAGGGAGAGAGGGAAGAGAAAGGAAAAACACAGUCCUUGUGAACAUGCUCUUUGUGUCUGUCCAUUUCCAUCCCAGUCUUAUUGGGGGGAAGGAUUCGGAUAAAAAUGAUUGAAGUUGAGGAAUUUAAAAAAAACAACAGAACGAGAGAAAGCGGUGGUCAGCACAGAGCUGUAUUUUUUUUCAACGCUGGUUUCGCAGCGAUAGCACAGAAGCACCUGCUUUUAAAUGUCCUUCCGGUUGAUGAAAAGGCUUUGGUGCGAGGAGGUGUGGGUGGGAGAGGUGGGGACACGGGGUGAGGGGCAAGGUGGGGGGGAGGGGGAGUUUGGUGAGGGAGGGGGGUAGAAGGAAGGGAGCAGGCUGUGAGGCGCCUGUCUUCUUGCGGAGGGGAGGGGUGUAGUGAGAGAGAGAGAGAGAGUGAGAGAGGGGGCAUUGGACAGAGGGAGGGAGUUUAGAGAGAGAUGAGCAGGAGGGGGGGACAUUGAAUGCAGGCCACUGCACGCUGGCGGGAGGCCAACGCGCUAAGCCCUGGCUGCUCGUUAGCCUCUGUGUUACUGACCUGAUAGACCACAAGCCCCCUCUCCCAACCCCCCACGCCAGAUGCAGCGCUGCCUGCUGCCUCUAGGGGCAGCAGAGGGACUGUUAGAGAAUAGGCCCAGGAAGGGAGGGACUAGGAGAGAAUAGGCCCAGGCAGGGAGGUCCAGUGAAAUCAGUAUGGAGGUCUAUGCCAUGGCUAUAUCCACAGAACAGCACUCACUGCUUAUAGUGUAGCUAGUCACAGUCUAUUGAUUCUGCCCAUGGGCGUGCAGGCUACAUCUGUGUACAGCGUUUUAAUGUUAUUUUCUAAUCUGCUAUUCUGUCUUUAAAAGUCCUCCCAGCAUCUGUUUAGGGGCCCAUUUUGUUCCUCUAUCACAUGUGGGACGUCUUUCGCCUCCCCUCAUAUCCGCUCUCCGACAUCUGUUCAGCGCUCCCCAAAACACAGUGUUUAGUGCACCACUUUGGCUGCUCUCGCCUCUUGCCGCAGUUUAAACAGCUUCUCAAACCCUUUAAGCUCUUUUAUAUUUAAGGGUUACUGAAAUAUUUAGCACCUCCAUCCAUUCUCUCAGUUGUUUUCACUGCCUUUUCAUCUCGCCCUCAACGGAAAUAAAAAAACAAGCCCAUUUUACUUUCCUGCGAUUGUUUAUUUCCCUCUCUUUUAUUCAUCAUUUAUUUCCUCCUGUCUUUUUUAUUUUCUAUACCCUUCAGCAGGUUUGGGUUAGAGGGGAGUGUUUGAGAGUUGUAUGUGCAGUAGCUGGUUCUUCUAAUCCCACUGUAGCACUCUCCAGAGUGUCGUACUUGUUAAUGUCCCAUAAGCCACUGUAGAGUUUCCUGUGUCUCAGCCAAGAUUCAAGAUGGUCACCUAUUGUUCCUGUUCUAUUGUCUCCGUCUCUCUCUGUCUCUGUAACUGGCGGUUCUACUGGGCCAGUCAGCUCAGUUAGAGAUAUUACACACACAAUUACUCAAGCUAAUUGACUUUGGAGACGUAGGCUACGUGGAAUAUUCUGGCAGCAGUUUAGAGUGACUGGGGUGACGAGGGGAUGGAUUGUGACUUUAUUAAGAAGAAAUCACUUGCUUGUUAGGGGAUUUCAGCGUUUCCCUGACAUCUUUAAAAUGUGUCUGGUUAGCCCAAGACAGACUUAAUUAUUAUUUUGAUGUUUGCGAUGAUGUUAGCACAGUGGCUAAUGCUAACCGUCUCUCUCUCUCUCUCUCUCUCUCUCUCUCUCUCUCUCUCUCUCUCUCUCUCUCUCUCUCUCUCUCUCUCUCUCUCUCUCUCUCAGCAACAUCUAAUGGCACCAUGGAGGGCCUGGAGAACCAGGAAGGAGGGGUGUGCAAGAUGAAGUCCAUGAAGAUAAUCAUGAAAGUGGGACAAAGUGAGUAUUACUCCUUCUUCCAAACGACAUUUGUAAGUGUAUGUGAGUGCUGGUGGCGUAUAGUUAUAAAAAGAUAGCCAUACAGCCUGAUAGAAUGUGUGAAAAUUGUAUGAAACUGUAUUUGCAUAACACAUAGUAAGGUUAUCUGAGGCAUUGUGAGGUAUUUCAUUAUUCAGCCCAAUAGCCUCCAUGACACUUAGGACAGAUAAAGAGAGAGAGGGAGAGGUGGGGGUCUCCAGAUUUAAUGGACAUGAAUUGUAAUUGGUCAGGAGAUGAAUACCCCCACCACACACACACACACACACACACACACACACACACACACACACAUCCUAUUUUCCUAAACCUAAUUCUAACCCUAUCAAUAAUUCUACAUGAACCCUAAACCCCCUAGAAAUCGCAUUUGACCUUGUGGGGACUAGCAACAUGUUCCCAGUUGGUCAACUUUUUGUUUGUUUAUUAUUCACACGAACGAACGCACGCACGCACGCACGCACGCACGCACGCACGCACGCACGCACACACACACACACACACACACACACACACACACACACACACACACACACACACACACACACAAACACACACACACACACCACAUCUGUCCUCUGUGGCGACACCCGCCACCCGGCACCUGCCGGUAAUUAAUGACCAUGAUUAUUCAUAAAUCAGUUGCCUCGCCACCCAACGGGGUAAUUUCCUGAGGUUGCUGUCUACAACAGCAGCAGCAGCUCACUGAGAACUGCUGAAGGUCAGGGAAUUAAUCAGGAGUGCUGCGCUUUCAUUAAGAGCAGCGCCACACACACACACACACACACAAACACACACACACGUGCAAGCGUGCUACACACACACUACACGCGACAUAUGCACAGCACACACACAGUGAAAGUGAAUCAUCCAUGUCCAUUGUGCCUGAUAGUUGUGUUCCUUUUUCUAUGUGUUCCAGAUCCCUCUGACCCUAUCUCACCCAAAGACUACCCCACCAGAUACCCUCCCAAGCACCCCGACAAGGAGUCAUACAAACCAAACGAAGUGCUGGAGAAGAAAGGUAAGCGUACUAAGAAAGACUUAUGAAAUCAUCAGGCAUUCAGGUCUACCUUUCAAAGACAGUUUCGGUAAAACCAGGUUGAGUGUCUGUGAGUGUGUGUGUGUGUGUUUGUUUGUGUAUGUGUGUGUGUGUGUGGGUAAGCGUAGGAAGUAAAGGUCAGCAAUUCUUCUCCUGGUAAUUGAAAGUUGCCCAUAAAACUGAUAGGCAUCUCUGCUGGGCUCUCAAAGCCUACUGUAUCCCAGUUCCAUUCCCGCCCCACUUCCUGUCCGCAAAGUGACAUUUUCAGGAAAACGAUCCAAUCGCCAUCCAACAUAUUACCGUCCUUCUCGGAGCACAGACACACACUUGUUCUCCUCAAACACACACACACGCACACACACACCGACCGUUCUUAUCUCUCCUAUUAUAUUGCAGUUAAAAUCUCCAAAGAAAACCAGACCCGCAAUUUCCGCAAUGAACUUUAUUUUGAAGAAAAAAAUCAGUAGAGCAGUGAAAACAAGCUGACCUACAUAAACGCUGCUGCGGUGGAGGCAUCGAGUCGCUCGCUGUCCUGUUACCGAGGGUGCAGCUCCUCUAGCCCCACCUUUCUGUUUUCACACUCAAAUCCCUCUGACAACCGGCGCACAAAUCUGCCAGCGCUGGCACCCCAAUCUGCAGACCUCAGCAUCUUCUCCCCUCCUCUCCCUUUUCACCUCAUCCCUCCUCCUCGGCUCGGAGCAGGAGCAUAUGGGCGUCAGUGGUAUGAGCAGAGUGUCUGAGGCAGCAUAAUCCCCUUGUAAAACAACGGAAGGGUACCUGCGUUGGGCCCACUGCCAUCCACCAUAGCUCCAGCACUAGCCCUCAGGGGAGUGGAGCCAGACAGGGAGACACAGUAAUCCUGCUUCCCAGGGAGGAGGCCCCUAUCCUAGGGGGGAAGGGAACAGACCUGCCCUUGAGUGCUGGAUGUAUACCAGAGUCGUUGUUAUUAAUAGAGAUGACACAGCUUGCUUGGGUUUUACAGUUAAUGUUGCUUCAUUGUAUAAUACUAUCAAAUUCCUUGUGGACUUGUGGAAAAGGAAUGUCUCUAUAUUCAUUUUGAGAUGUUUUUCAUUGACAUGCUACUGCAUUGAAAAACCACUUCAGCCAUUUUGUGCUAUGUGGGACUGUGCUGUGCUGUAGCUCCAAGGCCAUAGUGACCACCAGCUGCAUUUGAAUAGACCAGAGAUCGAAUGUGACCUUAAGGGGAGAGUUGUGUGAAAGGAGCCCUUACUCUCUGGUCAUUGUGCUCACUCCGCCUGCCUUUCACCUUCACUCUGACAUAAUGAAGAGAUUGUGCAGGGUGAGGAAGAAAGGGAGGGAGAGAGAGGGAGAAAAUGGAAGGAUAAAACUGAAAGGAGACCCCUAAUCCUUCUAUGAUCCCUCCCUCCCUCUCUUUCUCCAUUCUCCCUCCCUCCAUCCACUCUCACUCUGUAUGACUUGACACUCGUUUUAUAAAGAUUUUCACUCACUCACUCGGUUUCUCUUUUCUCCUUCUUCUCCUCUCAGGUCCGUCGUACAGGGAGGGCGAAGGUGACCAGGGGACGGGCGGGAAAUCAUCCAGCGUCAUCGGCUCUGAAGUGGCCCUGUUCGCCGGCAUUGCCUCGGGCAGCGUUAUCUUCAUCAUCAUCAUCAUCAUGCUGGUUGUGCUGCUGCUCAAGUACCGGCGGCGGCACCGCAAGCACUCUCCACAGCACGCCACCACGCUGUCACUCAGCACACUGGCCACGCCCAAACGGGGCGGCAGCGGCAACAACAAUGGCUCGGAGCCUAGUGACAUCAUCAUCCCGCUCAGGACUGCAGACAGCGUCUUCUGCCCACACUACGAGAAAGUCAGCGGGGACUACGGUCACCCAGUGUACAUCGUUCAGGAGAUGCCCCCCCAGAGCCCUGCCAACAUCUACUACAAGGUCUGA